AUGGAGCCGGAACUGGAUGGGAAUCGGAGGUCCACAAAUUUGACCAUGCAGAAGGUCAUGGUCUUUACGCGUAAACUUCUGCAGGUCUCCAGCAUUGGUGAAGAAAAGCAUCGGGAAAAUCCAUUCGCUAGCACUCAUUGGUGGAGUCUCUCCAGAGACCAGCCAUCACCAGCUUUGUUCAAGUUGCUGAUCGCGGCACUGGUCACCUGCUAUGCCAUUGGGUCCUAUGCGGCUUGUCAGCUGAAAUGCGACAUCGGCCGUGGUCUGAACUGUGAGAUCUCGCCGGUGCGGCGGCGGCGGCCCAAUGAGGUGGCGAAGGUGGUUGGAGAAGAUGGUCACAUACGCCUGCGAGGUGUGGCAUCGAUGAGUGACGUCAGAAGAUAUUGCCAGGAUAUCGACCCCUACAGCCGAAAGAGCUGGGCCGUGCGCGAGGCCUUCAAGUCCAUGCGCUCCGAGGAGCAUCAUCGAACUGCAGCUCUGACCUGGAGUGCCUUGAAAAGCUGGCAAGCCUCCGAGAGGCCUCUGGAUGAGUGGUAUGCCACGGUGCGCAGGUGA